AUUGGCAGCCCCUGGGGCUGCUCAUUGUGCGUAUGGUAAUAAGCGGCGGCGGCGCUGCGCCCCGCUCCGGCUGCCCGCCCGGGGCUGCGCCGCUGCUGCUGCCGCCGCCCUCGCCGUUAUGCGCCCGGCUCGGCCGCUGCCCCGCCGCCGCCGGGCUCCUAUAUAAGUGGGGAGCGGGGCCCAGCGGGCUGCUGAAGAUGAGGGCUCCGCCGCCUCCGUCCUCUCUGCAGAGCUGCGCGCUUCUGGCCGGCCGCCCGGCCGCGGAGAGCCCAGCCCAGCGCCCAGCGGCAGGGGGCCGCGCGGGGCAGCGGCGCGGGGAGUAGCUGCAGAGCGCCGGCGGCCCCCCUGCCCCCGCGGCCGCUGCCAUGAGCUGCUCGGACGUGGUGCCGCACCAUUCCCCGGCGGCGUGCGGGGCGCCCCAGUAUCUGCCGAGCCCGGGGGCGGCAGCCGCCUAUUGCCCCCUUCCUGCGCCCCGCCAGCAGAAGAAGUUAGCUGUUUACAACAAGAUGCAAGAGUCCCUGGAGGUGACCCUUCCCAGCAAGCAGGAGGAGGAUGAGAAAGACCAGCCCGCUGAGAUGGAAUACCUUAACUCUCGCUGUGUCCUUUUCACCUACUUCCAGGGAGACAUUGGGUCAGUAGUGGACGAACACUUCUCAAGAGCUUUGAAUCAAGCCAGCAGCUUCAACCCAGAAACUGCCCUUUCAAAAAACAAGGCAGGGCUAAGUCCUCUGUGGAGAGAGAGCUCAACAAUUUCAAGCCAACGGAGCAGUUUCCCAACUUCAUUUUGGACCAGCUCUUAUCAACCUCCACCUCCACCAUGCUUGAGUGGAGUCCACCCUGACUUCCCAGUCACUGCACCAGGCACCUUCCACACAGCAGAUCCUAGCAGCUGGCCAGGACAUAGCCUUCAUCAGACUGCCCCACCUCCUCCCUCUACUGCAUCCGAAUCCUGGCAUUAUCCUUUAGCAUCUCAGGUUAGCCCUUCAUAUGCGCACAUGCAUGAUGUGUACAUGCAUCACCAUCACCCCCAUCCACACAUGCAUCAUCACCAUCCCAGCUCUCACCUUGACCCACGAUAUGGAUCCCUAUUGAUGCCUUCAGUACGUGCAGCCAGGAUUCCUGCUCCACAGUGUGACAUGACAAAGACAGAUCCUACUACUGUCACCAGUGCUACCUCAGCAUGGGCUGGAGCCUUUCACGGAACCGUAGAUAUUGUGCCAAGCUUCGGGUUUGACACAGGUCUACAGCAUCAGGACAAGAGCAAGGAAUCUUCUUGGUUCUGAAGAUCAGAUGCAUCUUAGCACCGGAUAGCAUCCCCACAGCUGGGAUGAUGAUAUUGAAACGGUUGACUGUUUCUGCAUGGGGGCAGAGGACACACCGCUAAGGAGAAGAUGAAGAGCCAGUCAUUCUGGUUUUGCUAUUGAGCCUUUUCUUUGGCAGGCCACUUCUGGGUCCCAGAACAUAGAAGAAAAAACCCUUGUUUUUCUUUCUUUCCUCAUCUGAGCCCUGCUGCAGCUGUGCAACCUAACUCUGUUUUGCUCCUUUCCCAGUGUUUUGUUUUGUUCAUUCUGAUUGGUUUUUUUAUGCACAGCCUUGAUUGUAGGGAAAAGACUGUGCCUUGACUACAGUGCUCAUCCUUUCAGGAACAGGGUUUUGGCAGCGCUUUGUGUGUCGAUUUUUGUAGAAAUACAGAAAGUUUGGGCAAGGGUUGAUGGACUAUUUUAGGAUGACAUAUUUUUUUAAAAAAAAUCGUUAAAUUGUUAAGUUCUGUUUAAAGAACUUGCUCUCAGAGAAGCACUGACAAAAAUGUAUAAAAUGCUUAUUUUUAGAUGUUUGUAUUUGUGUGUUUGUUUUGUUACCUCAAUUGUCUUUUUUUUUUUUUUUUAAAGAGCAAACCCUUUCCUAGUCCAAUCCUUCAUUGUUUCCGUUUUGCAAGAUUUUGCAGCUUGUCCUUUAUUCUAGCUUAAACAGCUAUAAUUUACUCUUAACAUUUCUGCUAAAUAUUUUUCCUGCCUGUCAGAUUGUAGAAAUGGUGUCUAUAUUUUUUUUCUUGCUUCUGAAAAUGGCUUUGUGCUGGCUGUGCUGACUAUGAGAAGAAAUGUGUGAAACUUUUAGCAUGGGGCAAAGUCUGACGUUGUUAUAGGAACUAUAUUAUCAACCCAUUCAUUCUUUCAAAAUGGACCAAAUAUUUAUAUGGACUUAAAGGAGAAAAUGAGCCUGGCCCUGGCCCAGUGUCCAUCAAAGUGAAUGGAAAGUCUCUAGUUGACAUCCAGGGACUCUGGAUCAGGCCCUCUUUCUGUGAUAACCAUCAACACAUAAAUUGGUAUUUUCAUUUCUAAUAACUUUGGGAGGCAGGAGUUUCAGUUUAGGCAAUCUAAAGAGUGGUAUUUUUCACAUGAACAUUCAAGGAUAAAAUACAGGUUUUGCAAAGAGCUACAACUCGUGGAAACAAAGUGUUUUCAUAAGGCCAGAUCUUGCAAUUUGCUGAAUAGCUUGUAUGAGUUGCUUGAGUGCCUUCAACUCCUAUUGAAUGAAACUUGGGCUGAAGUUUUCAAAAGUUGGCCUCUGAUCUCUGGUCCCUCAUUGUGUGGUUGCCCAACCUGAGACAUGUUAGGGACUGAAUCUGAAAAGGGCUAAUCGCCUGCAGCUCCUAUGGACUUCAUGUGCGGUUGUGAAUUUUUAGCCUUAGGCUGUCCAUUUAAGAAUCCACUCUGAGAUAACUUUUUGAUAAUUUUAGCCACAGAAGUUUGCAAGAGGAUUGCUGGAUUGGGCCUGAUCCAGAAGCCCCCCCUCCCCCCCACACACAUGAGGAGUCCUUUUUGAAGCCAGUGUGAGUAAGGAUUAAUUCCAUGAAUAAGAGCUGUAGCAUUGCAUAUUAAAAAACAAACAAACCAAUCCUGCAAUUAUCUUGGUGUAGGUGGAGCUAUGUGCAAAGCUCCCUUGACUUCAGUGGGGUUUUUAUAGGGUCAGGAAUCUGCCUGUGUAGUGCUCACUGAAGAAUGAGGGCUGACGUUGGUAAUGCAGUAAUUGUUUGGAAAUGUUGCCUUUUUGCUCCAUUCAGCUUUUAAAAUACAUAUUUAAGCUUUCCCUCAUUUUUCAAAAUAUUCCUAUCAUGUAUUCUAUUUUUGCUAACAGCCUUCCCAGCCAAAACAUUCAGAAGAUGAACAAAAAUAAUCUAAGUGUGAUCAGUACUGAGACAGAGGUUGACUUGUCUUUAGGGCAGUGAACAUCUUAAAUGUGGGGUUUACAAGUGCAGAGGACCCACAACUCCAAGUGAAGUGAAUGGAAGCUGUAUGUGCUCAACCUCCUGAAAUUCAGUUCUAUAUCUUGAUUAGACAACCUUCCUCUACACUCUUAGGACUUGGUGCUGUGAGGUGCUGAGCAGUUUCCACUCCCAUGGAAGCUCGCUGGAAAUGGAGGCACUCAGAAUCUCAGGAGUAAGCCCUUAAUGCUAAAGCACAUGUUUUGCUGAUUUGGAGCAUUAGGCCCAGUUUUUUAGUGGUAGUUAGGCAUUGCAACGCCUGAAGAUCUGAGUCCCAAUUACAACAUCCUUAACUCCUUCCUCCUAUCUCCCCUAGUCAUUAACAUUUUUUUCCUGAUGCUGAACUUCACUCCCACUAUAUUUUCAUAGCAAUGCUGUUCUCCUGGGGGAGCUGGUUUGUUGCUCAAUGGGUUAGUUAGCAAUGGGAAAACCUCAAGGGUAGGAAGCUAGCAUACGCUUCUAAAAGUUUGGCUACUUAUAGGAAAAUUGCAGUUCAAGAAAUACUGCAAGAUCAGACUCCCUUGUGACAGUGCCUGAAGGUCCUGGGUUUCGCUUUGCUGGAAAUGGUGAAAAACAGUUUUUCGUAGAUUUGGCUAGGCCUGCCAGAGAGAGGUUCUAACCACACCUUUUGAACUAAAAACAAACCAAGAAAGAAGUUCUUUUUUGAAUUUUGGUUGGUUCUUAUUGUAUCUGAAUUGGCUCACCUCUUUUUAGUAAUAGUGGCCAAUUGAUUGCUCUCCACUUUGCAACAAAAGAGCAUGGAAGGACUUGCUCCUGUUCCGAUUGGAGUCCAUGGCAGAACUCCCAGUGACUAAAAAGGCAGUAGGACUAGGUCCAAAGUUUCUGCUUGAAUCUCAAUUAGUGUUGUUUUUAUGGGUUAGCAGGUAAACAAGAUAUGAAUGAGUGAAGAUCCUAUCACCUCCUGCUCCCACCAUAAGGGCUGUGUCCACUGGCUAAACCUGAGAAUAAGUCUAAAGUACUUCUGCCACUCUGCAGGGUAAGGUAGACAGAGUGACAAUAAAAAUACGCUACUGGCAUAAGAGUUAAUGCAUCCAAUCAGUUGACUUAAAGGUUUAUUACAUUUUUUCCUUGUCAAAUUUGCUUUCACUAAACUGAGCAACUAAACUGAUCUUUGCUAAGAAAUCGGCUGGAAAAAAAAAAUGAAACCAAAGCCGUAGUAAUGUGGUUGCUCAUACAGUCUAAAACUUGAAGGACAGGAACAAAUCUUCCACAUAACAAACCUUUACAGUUGAAGUCAGCAGAUUUACUUCACCAAAAAAAAAAAAAAAAAAGAAAGAAAAAGAAAAGAAAAAGGGCUUAUGAGAAGCAGAUGUUGGGUUGAUAUCCAUUCCUGAAGGAGCAGAUUCUGUACUCACAACAUUUCAGUUUAAGAGUACUGAUGGCAGUGAAAAUAAAAGGGAAAGGUUCUGACGUAAGAGAAAAGGUCUGUAAAAACAGGGGUCAAUCAGUCCACAAGUCUUAAUAUACUGCAAAAGGAAUCAUCUCAUUGCUUAUAUGCUAAAUUCUACUGCCCUCCCAGGAAAAUGGGAGAUUUAUUUUGUGAGGGCCUGUACUAACAUAAUGUAUUUUAUUACUGUUUCCCUGAGGAGAUGCCAAAAUGAUUUUUGUGUCCAUACAAUCAAAUUUAUAUGAUUAAGUACUUAACUCUUUUUUUGUAGAGGUUUCUGCCUUCUGAGUUAUCUGGGGUCUGAUCCAACCCCCUGUGAAGUAAACUGGACCACUCUCACAGAUUAUAAGUAGGAACAGGACCCGUCAACUGGAUUGAACCAUUCCUGAGAUUCUGUUUGUCCAUUAGUUUUUAAACUGAACUCCCCAAUAGUUUAUAUAGGGGGAGUUUCCAGUUUAAAAACUGAUGGUACAAGAUGGCCCUUAGUUACACAGCAGACACAGUUGUUGGAAAUUUUGAAUACCUUUCUCCUGGUAGGAGCAGACCUACUUUUGUUCUGAUUCUUCAGAUUUUUCAGUACUAGAAACAUAAUUCUGCAAGGUAAUCAGAGAGAGAGAGAGAGAGUUUUAUAACAUGGAAAUCUGGGAUGUUUCCCCCCGUUUUUUUUAAAAAAAAGUUUCUUCCUCAAAACAUGCUUUUUAAAUAACACUGACUUUUUCCCAUAUUUUUUGGAGUUGUUAUACAGUAUAUUUUAUCCCCUUCUCCUCCCGUCACUUCCUCUAGAAAUUAAUUGGAAUUGUAUGGUAAAUCCCAUCUGACCCUGAAUAUUUAGACAUUUGCAUUUAAUUAUGUUCUCCAUGACUUCAGGGUUGUGUGAAAUUCUUUUGUCUGUACAAAAGGCUUUCAAAUGCUCUUGAUAAACCCUGAUUGGUUGUACCUACAAAUGUGACCAGGCAGUCAGCAGGUGUAUAUAAACAGAGGUGCAAUGUGUUUUCAUGUGGUGGACAAGUGCAUAACUGCUGACGAUGGGUCAUUCUACUCACUUCAGGCACAAUUCUUCUAAGCAAUAGACCAUUAAUUUACAUUUCUGUUCAUCUAAAAUCUUUAAAAUAUUUUUUUUAAAAAUAUUCCAGCCUCUUGAGAUUUCUAAAGCGUGUUUGAACUAUUAAUAUUAGAGGCUUUAAAGAAGAAAAGGUCACUUGACAUAUAUGACUUUUAAACUGAACUCCCAGGUCCAGCAAGAAGGGAUUUUUUGUUUUUUAAGGAAACAUUGCCUUUUAGUAUUAGUCCUGUGGGCACAGUCUGCAGUUGUGACUCGGGCAAAGCACCCAUUGAAGUCAAUGGGACUUUUGCCUGAGCAAGAUCAAACCCUUUAAUAGUGACAGGAGUGCUAAAGGUUGUUUUCUUACAAAGCUUGAUCCUGACAUGCUUGGAGCAGAGAAGAGUACCUCUUGCAUUUCAUGCGGAUGCUUGGACAGCCCCUGCCUAGUGCUGUACCCAAUCCCCUUUUUACAUGGGCAAACAAGACCCAACAGGGGAACUAGAUAUUCCUGAAACUCAGUGUUGCUGACCCCUUAAUCCACACUCUGAGGUUCUUGGCAUCCCCUGGCUAGAAAAAGUGUUUCUUCUGUUUAAGAACACUGAACUGAGCAGUCUGUAGUGGCUCUCCUGGGGGGCUGCAUCUUGUAAGGUGCUUAGAGCUUCCUGUGAAGUGCUGAGUGUUCUCAGCUCCCAUUGGAGAUGAGGGGUGCUCAGAAUGUCAUAGCAGACAUUCAACAUUUUGCAGGAUCUGCUACCUAAUGCCCACCACUAUGCAAGAUCAAGCCCUAGAAAGGGAAUAGCUAAAUAAAGGUCCUUAUUUUAUUUUAUUUUAUUGAGCAGGGAUCCUAGAAACCCAUUUGCCAUGGAAAAAUGCAGAGUUUGUGUUUUUACAGAGAUAUUUAGUUUUUAUAUUUUGUGGAAAAAAAAUAAAAACAUAUACAGUGGAAUCUUGAUUAUCUGAUCUAACUGGGACCAGGGCCAGAUUGGAUAACCAAAAAUUCAGAUAAUUAGAAGAAUGGGUGGGGCUCAGGUUGUCAGCCCCAAGUGGUGGGGCUUGGGUUGUCAGCUUAAAAAUUGCAACUAUAUCAAUAAAACAUUGUGUUCACCUGA